ACUCUUCCCCUUCAACCAAAUUGAAACUGUUGCAAUCAAAACCAGUGCAGCGCACACACUCCACUCGUAACCAGUAGCUCGCAAUGGAUCGGGAAUGGGGAUCGAAACCCGGAAGCGGAGGCGCCGCGACGGCGCAGAACGAAGCCAUCGACCGCCGCGAGCGUCUCCGGCGACUGGCCUUGGAAACCAUCGACCUCGCCAAGGACCCAUACUUCAUGCGCAACCACCUUGGCAGCUACGAGUGCAAGCUCUGCCUCACGCUCCACAACAACGAGGGUAACUACCUCGCCCACACGCAGGGGAAGCGCCACCAGACCAAUCUCGCUAAGCGCGCCGCGCGUGAGGCCAAAGACGCCCCUGCUCAUCCACAACCUCACAAGCGGAAGCUCUCGCUUCGGAAAUCUGUGAAGAUUGGUCGCCCUGGGUAUCGUGUUACCAAGCAAUUUGACCAUGAUACGAAGCAACGAUCUCUUCUCUUCCAGAUUGAAUAUCCUGAGAUUGAAGAGCUCACCAAGCCAAGGCACCGAUUUAUGUCUUCCUACGAGCAGAGGGUGCAACCGUUUGAUAAAAGAUAUCAGUAUCUCUUAUUUGCUGCGGAACCAUAUGAAAUAAUUUCUUUCAAGGUACCUAGCACAGAGAUUGAUAAGUCUACACCAAAGUUUUUCUCGCAUUGGGACCCAGACUCAAAGAUGUUUACACUGCAAUUGUAUUUCAAAACCAAGCCACCAGAGGCUAACAAACCACAGCCUGCAUCUACUGACAAUGGCCCUACAGCUCCUGGGGUUCCACCAAGGCCUUUGCCUCCACCACCACAAGGUGCACUACCACCACCACCACCUCCUCCACAAGGGCUACCUCCUGGUGCACCUAUGGGAAAUCCUCCUAGAGCCCCUCCACCUCCAAUGCCAGGAUCUGCACCGCCUCCGCCUCCUAUGGCAGCAAACGGUCCUAGACCUGCUCCUCCUGGUGGAAUGCCAUCUAUCCCACCCCCACCUCCUGUUAGUGGCGCAUCAGCAGGUUUCAACAUGGGUGCUAGACCUCCAUUAAUGCCACCUCCGCAAGGGUACUAGACCUCCACCAACACCGUAUCGGAAAGGUUUUCCAGCCCAAUAAAUGCUGAGCCAGGGUGUCCCUUUGCUGCCACCACCCGUAACAUCACAAUGUAGGUCCUCAGGCUUUUGAGUACAGGGAACAUCAUUUGAAGUGUUAACCAUUGAUGUCCCCUAUCUGCUAAGGACCAACAGCUUUGUAUAUUAGAGGUAGGCUUCAUAGCACUGCAGAGUAUCCAGAUUACGAGUACACAGUUCAUUAUGUCAUUUGUUUUGGAUUUACAAAUUAAGAUGUUGCACUAUAAGUUAGAUGGUGUUUUUGAAUUGCUCGAUAUGGUUGGGAAAAUUUCGGUUUGAAUGGUAAGAGUGCUUUUCAGUGUUAAUGCUUUGCUUGAUCAGGUCAUUUCUGAUGUAGUAAGUAGUAACUAUUGGGUUAUUGAUUAUAGAAAUUCAGAGGACCAAUUAUGGAAA